UUUUUUUUUCUAAGUACAAACUGGUCACAUCACAUUUCUUACACAGAUGAGCUACGAUGGAUUACUAUCACUGUCGCAGUUGACAGACGAAAAGUUAAACCUUAUACAAGGGCACAACGCUCCGUUGCAAACCACCACGGCCAGAACAAAUCCGUCAACAGCAGUGAAAAAUUCUGCUGAUGCGAGCAACAAUUUGGUAAUUCGGUCCGCCUCACCCGCACUUGUCGACGUCACAGUCGAAGAAGAAGAGCAGGCAGCAACCAUACAAACAAUUCAGUUGCCUUUAGUUAGUGUCGAGAGCUACAAUACCGAUGCAGGUGCGAAUUUGAGUGCAUCGACCGCAACAGCAGCAGCAGCAACGCCUUUCAGCACAACAUUGGACGCAUCGAGCACGGAAACGUCAACGCCGCAACGGAAGAUUUCGGCGUCUUCGCGAUUUAUGAACGCAUUUCAAAACCUUUAUUCGAGUGCUACAACGGCGAACGCAACGAGUGAAACGGACGAAGCAGACAUUGGUACAAAUUUAACAAACGGAAUGCCUGUUGUUAGUCGUACGCCUCAUAAGGGCGUGGAAUCGAAACUUUUAUCAAUGUGGCACAACGUCAAAUAUGGCUGGAGUGGAAAACUUAAACCUAACUUUUCUAAAGAACAGCCUGUCUGGCUUCUAGGGCGAUGCUACCAUCGUAAAUACACGCCCCCAUCCUCCAUGGAGAGCUCAACCGAAAUGAGCUCAAAUGCUGGCGUACUCACACCAAAUGUACCCAGUAGCAUGUGUGAAACUGGAGAUCAAUAUGCGCCUGUUAGUAGCAGCAUAUCCGCUACCAAUAUUUAUCCGCCACUCAAUCCAGAUCAAGUGGAUGAAAUCGUGGUGCCACAGGAGCUAGGUAUGGACGCAGUUGAAAAUCAAGUAGCUGAACAUCCUUGGGAAGAGGGUAUCGAGGGAUUCCGACGUGAUUUUUACAGUCGCAUUUGGUUGACCUACCGACGAGAAUUCCCCACUAUGAAUGGUUCAAAUUACACAUCCGAUUGUGGUUGGGGCUGCAUGCUGCGGAGUGGGCAAAUGUUGUUGGCACAAGGACUUGUUUGCCAUUUUCUGGGAAGGAGCUGGCGAUACGAUGCGGAAACACAAUUGCAUUCUACAUAUGAAGACAAUAUGCAUAAAAAAAUUAUUAAAUGGUUUGGUGAUAGCUCUUCGAAAAGCAGUCCUUUCUCCAUACAUGCGCUGGUUAGCUUGGGAGUAGAAAUGGGCAAACGGCCGGGUGAUUGGUAUGGACCAGCAUCGGUUUCGUAUCUCUUAAAACAAGCUUUAAAAACGGCGGCUCAAGAAAAUGCGGACUUCGAUAACAUAACGAUUUAUGUGGCUAAAGAUUGCACAAUUUACAUGCAAGACGUUGAAAAGGAGUGCCGCAUACCGGAACCCUCCCCAAAGAAACAUGUACCUUGGCAACCUACACGCCGGAAUGAAACGCCUAAAUCGCAAAAACAACAAUGGAAAUCGUUAUUAGUGUUAAUUCCACUACGCUUGGGCACAGAAAAGUUGAAUCCGGUCUAUGCGCAUUGUUUGAAGUUAUUACUAAGUACAGAACACUGCAUAGGUAUAAUCGGUGGACGCCCUAAACAUUCGUUAUAUUUUGUGGGUUUCCAAGAAGAUAAAUUGAUACACUUGGAUCCGCAUUACUGUCAGGAGAUGGUUGACGUUAAUCAGGACAACUUUUCCUUGCAGUCAUUUCAUUGUAAAUCACCGCGAAAAUUGAAGACAACUAAAAUGGACCCAAGCUGCUGCAUCGGAUUUUACUGUUCCACAAAAACAGAUUUUGAUAACUUCGUAGAAAGCGUACAACUGUAUCUGCAUCCGAUGCGUUGCGCCUCCGGUACAAUAGACAAAAUUGGAUCCUCGUCUAAUAACAGUGGUCCUAUUGAAGGCGCUCAAUACGCGGAAAUGAAUUACCCGCUUUUCACAUUCUCACGUGGUCAAUGUCCACACCAAGAAUGGGACUCUAUCAACGAUUCUCUCUACAAACCGUUGCAACAGCAAGUUACACAAAUGAAACAGGAGCUUGAUAUACAUUCAAACAGCGUGACAUACGUUAGUGCACACGACGACGAUGAUGAAGAAACUGAGGAAUUCGUUUUGCUUUAAAAAAUAGUUUAAUGUGGUUGCAUUAGCAACACCGCUGCUUUUUCGAAUAAUAUGUUUCUCCUUCAAGAUUUGUCAAGUUCAUUUCAUUCUUAAUUGUUCGUUUAAGUUGUACAUUACCAUAAAUUGUUCAAGAUUAUACGUAUUUGCAAGUAAUUGUUAAUAUUUUUAAAAUUGCAUACAAACAUACACAAAUAUUCUUAACUCAAGCGCCUGCAUUAUUUAAUUGUACAAAUAAGUUAUAACACUCAUUUUAACACUAAAAAUACUAACGUUGAAAAUUGUUUAGAACGCAACAACGAAAAAUGUUUCACCACUCCUAUUAACUGGAUCCAUCCUAUAAGCGUAAACCUACCGUCUAUGUAUCUCAAAUUGAAAGACUUACAUUUUUUCUUUAUUUACUUUAUUAUACAUACAUUUUUUUGCAGUGUGAUCUGCUUACGCAACUCAUUUGAUUUCAUUAAAAAUAUUUGUUUACAUUUAUGUUUCAGCUUGAGAUAACGGGAGUGUGCGUAAAUUAAAUUAUGUACCAAGUAGUUCGCCAAAAAAUGUAUUUAUGUAUAACUGAAAGUUUAAUAAGUUUAUGCUUGAGCUGAAAGCAUUGUGCAUUGUAACUAAAUAACCAUUAGUGGAAGUUUGUGAUCCAAUUAUUUAUUGUACUUUAUUAAUUUAGGGUAGUAGCUUUGGCACACGCCAGCGCUAAUUCCAAUGUUACAUUUUUGUAUACAUAUUAUAUACAUAUUAUGCCUAGAUUAUUGUGAGAUCAUGAAAAGGAUUGAACAGUUUCAUUGGCGUUAAAAUUUUACAAAUUUUUGAAAUACAUACACUUAUUUUUAAACAUUUAAAAAAACACUACGUUUCAGUUUAUUAUACCGCCUUUUAAGGGUGGGAAAUGCAUUCUCUCAAGUACUAAAAUCACUGCAUUGUAAAGUGUUGUAUUUGUUUUUAUUUAUUUAUUUAAGUAAAGUUUAUUAUGAAAAAAGUUAUUAUUAGAUUAAAAGUGCCGACUCAUUAAUGGUCGUUGUAAGGAAAAAAUAAAUAAUCUUUAAUAAACUACGUUGUGGGUUUGUUUGGCUAUGUAAGUUUUUAUUAGUGGUAAUGUGAUAAUCUACUUUUCAAAUUGUG